AAGAACAUGUUAGUAUGUCUCUCCUGGCCCUUCUGCACCAUAAAUAUCUUCCAUGAGGUCCUAUGUGUUUAAUUUUAGACUUUGCCUGGGGUGUGAGCAGACCAUUUACCAGCUAGAGACAGAGCCAAUAGCACUGUCUACUCAGCUCUAGGACUGUGUAGUCGUCGUGGAUAUACUUUUUACCCUUUAUGUUGAAAAUAAACUCUUAAGACAAAUACUAUUCAAAUAUGUCCAGCCAAAGGGACCGGGACAUGGAGGACAUCCAUGAGGAAGACAUUGAUGAAGAUGAUAUCCUAGCCAGCUUGUCUCCUGAGGAGCUUCAAGAACUCCAGAAAGAGAUGGACGUUUUAGCGCCAGACGAUAGAAUACCGCUUGGUCAGAGACAAAAGGACCAGAAGAAAGAGAAGCCAUCCGCCGACUCUGAUGAGGAAGAAGACAUUGAUGAAGAUGAUAUCCUGUCAAAAUUGUCUCCUGAGGAGCUCAAAGAGCUCCAGAAAGAGAUGGACGUUAUAGCCCCGGAUGAGAGGGUACCUGUGGGUCAGAGGCAGAAGAGCCAGACAGAGAAGACGCCCACAGGUUCGUUUGAUCACAGGGGCCUGGUGGAUUAUCUGUACUGGGAGAAGGAGUCCAAACGCAUGCUGGAGGAGGAGAGGAUCCCCGUCACUCUACUGCCCAGUAAGAAAACUAUGGAAGAGGAUGCUGAAAAGAAAGAAAUCGUUGAAGACUUGGAGACUGUGUAUGAGGUGGUAGAAGAAGUCAUCGAGGUGGAAGCUACAGACGGUGUUGAAGGAGAGGAAGUGAUAGAGGAGAUUAUAGAGGUAAUGCUUGUGGAGGAGGAGGAGGAGGAGGAGGAAGAGGAUGCGAAGAAGGAGAAAGAGGAACAGGAGAAAAAGGACAUGCCCAUAAAAGAUGAAAGGGUCAUAGAAAAACAUGAACACCCAGUGAAUGAGCAUCUAAAAGAGUCACCGGAUGAUAACAGCACUAACACUGUGAACACGACCAGUCCUCUGCAACCCCCACCAGAGUCCGCAGAAAUGAAAGAAAAUAAAGACAUUGAGAGAACAGAGCAAAAGAGCACAUCACAAAUACCUGAGAAAGUAAAAAGUAACACCACAGACGCUCCCGCUCCUGAAGAAAUAGAGAUGACUCCAGAGGAGAAGAGGGCCUGUUUUGUUCCAGAGAAAGAGGUGAGGGUAAUUAACAAACUAAAUAUUCCAAAGCUGGCCCUUGGUGGGAGCCUUGGUGGCCUUGGUGGGGCCAAGAAGACAUCAAGACCCUCAGGGAAUGAGACAAACCUGGACACCACUCUGGAUAAGAUCCGCAACAACAACCCCGCUAUCACAGACGUAAACCUGAAUAACAUAGAAAACAUUCCCAAAGAAAUGCUAAUAGAAUACGUCGAUGCCUUGAAGAAGAACAAGCACGUCAAGACCUUCAGCAUAGCCAACACCGGCGCAGACGAAAACAUUGCCUUCACCCUGGCCAACAUGCUGAGAGAGAACCGUAGCAUCACCACACUGAACAUAGAGUCUAACUUCAUAACAGGGAAGGGCAUCAUCGCCAUUAUCCGCUGCCUACAGUUCAACGAGACGCUCACUGAGCUCCGUUUCCACAACCAGAGACACAUGCUGGGACACCACGCGGAGAUGGAGGUGUCGCGCCUGCUCAAGGCCAACAACACCCUCCUGAAGAUGGGCUACCACUUUGAGCAGGCGGGUCCCAGAAUGGUGGUAACCAACCUGCUGACCAGGAACCUGGACCGUCAGAGACAGCAGAGGAACGAGGAGCAGAGCAAGCAGCAGCAGCAGCAACAGAAAGAGGUGUUUGAGAUGUACGAACGGGCUCUGAACCUGCCCCCAGGGCUGCUGGCGAUGCUGGGCUAUGUCCCUCCCGAAAUCGAGGCCCUCAUGCCGCAGCUUCCCAAGGGUCCCCAGGGUCCCAUGGAACCCAAACCAGAAAAGCAGCAGAACACUUCUCCACAGUAUCAACGCAAGCAGUUUAAACACAUGCAGUGCAACCCCAUUCCACAACAACCCCCCAGCACGGACUCCUCUGGUAACCUUCUAAAGGACAUCCAGCUGAAGAGGACCCCCAAAAAGCGCGACCCUUUCCUGGACAUAGACAUUAGGGAGGACAGGAGAGCAGAGAGGCCGAAUGUCCAGCUCAGGAAGACAUCAGGAAAAACGAGGGACACAGGCGUUGAUGAGAUGGUAGAACUGAAGGCCACUCUGAAAGACGUGAUGAAGACACUGAAGCCUGUCCCUCGGAGGCGGCAGCCGGCCAAGGUGGAUGUGACGCCCCGUGAUGAACUUCUUAAUGAGAUCAAAAAGAGCAACGUGGCCUAUCUCAAAGCUGUGCCACUCCCCAAAGAAUUGGAAUCAAGAGAAACCAGUCUCUUCAAUCUCUGAGGAAUCUACAAUACCUUUAUUUCUGCUGUUUGUUUAACAUGUUUAAUCUAUUCAUUAACAAUAAUCUGCUUGCACUUGUAACACUAGUUUGCCUCACUACUCCUGUUCAGGUAGAGCACCAUUUGUUCCUUGAGGUUUGGAAGAACUGGUAUGGUAUUUGGAUAUGAGUCUACAGCUGGAAAAUGCACCAUACAAUGUGCAUAGUAUAAGUAGUCUCAAUUAAUAAUUAUGUUUGUUUGGGUAAAAAUGUAUUUACUUUGAACACUCCCAAAUGAGUGUGGGCAAAUCCAUCAUCUAUUGAUGACAGGUCUUUCAUCUACAGAUUUUCAAAACCACUGGUGUCAGCUUUGCAAUUGCAAACAGCUGAACCCCAGAAUAUAGAGUAUAGGAUUUGUCUUUUACUGUGUAAAACACUGUGGGCCAGUGGUCCAGAAGCUAGAUUUCAAAUCAGACUUCUGUUUCACGGAACAGUCCAUCUUAACUCAUAAUUCUAACAAGUGUUGACAUUAAAAAUCAGUGUACAAUCAAAAUGUC